AUGAACCCUGCAACCUUUGAUAACGAUCCGCUGCCUUCUCCAGGCUUCGAAAUGGCCUCCGAUCCCGAAACACCCUCUGCCCUUGAGGAAGCAGCCGUCGGGAGUUUACCUCGAGAUCAGGAGCUGAAAACCGCAACCUAUGAUUAUGCCUACGAGAAGUCCUUGAGUCACGCAGAGGCCAAACUGUUCUAUCAGCAUCACCAGCUGGCAACAAAAAGCGGCGAGAAUACCGGGCCAGUGAGCCCUGUGCUGCUUGGCCGUUCCCCAACGGAUCUUCACGAAAGCAUUCCAGCAAUGGCCAACGAUGCCAGUCCACGGGAUAAGGGUACCCCCAUACGCAAAGGCUCCAUGCUUGCCGAGUCGGACGGACAUUCGGAACAUUCUGCAUUUCAAAAUACCGACGGCCCAACCUCUGAUCCCCAACUAGCGGACCACUCAGCACGUGCCCAUGCGCAACCACCUAACUCGGGUGUCGGGGCGAGCACUCAUGGGACGGGUUUGGGUAUCACUUCCCUAGGACCUGGUGGGGAUGCCAUUACAUCGGAAUUGAGUGCCAUUUAUCGCAAAAUCAAAGGUCUAUUGGACCGACGAGCAAAAUAUCUGGAACUGUCACUCCAGCGAUCCGGCGAUGAUCCCAGGGAUCAACAAGAUUGGGAUAUCUACCCUCCACCACCUGAGCCGGCAUGGGAUGAGGGUAAGGAAUACCAACCGGGAAAUGUUGGAGGCCCGGCAGAUGUGUCAGGUAAGAGGAGGAAGAUGGGCCAAGAUAUUGGCGAGGACUUUGAUAUGGACGAAUUGACCCCGCUCCCCGAAAAGUCGGCGUGGUCGUAUCGCCUGGACAGUAAUAGUGUCUACCAAGUGUUCCAGUCAGAUGCCGCGAUGGAUCGAAAUGAACCAAUAGUGCAGAUCCCAUCUCUUCGCGAUUUCUACAUGGACCUUGACGCGGUCGUAGAUGUUUCCUCGGAGGGCCCCGCCAAAAGCUUUGCGUUCAGACGUCUCUCAUAUUUGGAAGGCAAGUUCCAGCUGUAUACUCUCUUGAACGAAUACCAAGAGAUCGCAGACAGUAAGAAAGUCCCGCAUCGAGACUUCUACAAUGUCCGUAAGGUGGAUACCCACGUUCACCACUCGGCGUGCAUGAAUCAGAAGCAUCUUCUGCGCUUCAUCAAGAGCAAGAUGCGCAAAUCUCCUGACGAGGUCGUUCUCUUUCGAGAUGGCAAGCAUCUCACUCUCCGAGAGGUGUUUGAGAGUAUCAAUUUGACCGCAUACGAUCUCAGCAUCGAUACCUUGGAUAUGCAUGCACACACCGAUUCAUUCCAUCGCUUCGACAAAUUCAAUCUCAAAUAUAACCCUGUGGGCGAAUCGCGUCUGCGUGAGAUAUUUUUGAAGACCGAUAACUAUAUUAAAGGCCGUUAUCUAGCAGAGAUCACGAAGGAAGUCAUCGCUGAUCUGGAAUCCAGCAAGUAUCAAAUGGUCGAAUGGCGUAUUUCCAUCUACGGAAGAUCCCCCGACGAAUGGGACAAACUCGCCGCCUGGGUGGUAGAUAACAAGCUAUUUUCUCCCAAUGUUCGCUGGCUGAUUCAGGUACCUCGAUUAUAUGAUGUGUAUAAGUCGAGUGGGAUGAUGGAAAACUAUGAGCAGGUCAUCUCGAACGUUUUCCAGCCUCUAUUCGAAGUGACCAAAGAUCCCUCCAGUCAUCCCAAGCUUCACGUCUUCCUUCAGCGUGUCGUAGGUUUCGACAGCGUUGAUGACGAGAGUAAAGCUGAACGUCGACUUUACCGCAAGUAUCCCAUCCCAAGGGAUUGGACUACCAAACAAAACCCCCCAUACAGCUAUUGGCUGUAUUUCAUGUUUGCCAACAUUGCAUCGCUCAACAACUGGCGGCAGCGACGGGGCUUCAAUACGUUUGUUCUUCGACCACACUGUGGUGAGGCGGGUGAUCCGGACCAUCUAGCUGUCGGCUUCCUUUGUUGCCACAGUAUCAGUCACGGAAUUCUCCUACGCAAGGUACCAUUGCUACAAUAUCUUUACUACCUAGAUAAAAUUGGCAUUGCCAUGUCCCCUCUGAGCAACAAUGCGCUGUUCCUUACCUAUGACAAGAACCCCUGUGCUAGCUUCUUCAAGCGUGGACUCAACGUGUCUUUGUCAACUGAUGACCCACUCCAGUUUGCUUUCACCAAAGAGCCUCUGAUUGAGGAAUAUUCCGUGGCAGCUCAAAUCUACAAGUUCAGUGCUGUUGACAUGUGCGAACUUGCUAAAUACUCUGUCAUCCAGAGUGGAUUUGAGCUUUCAUUGAAAAGGAGAUGGCUUGGCUCAGGCUGCAGUCUUCCUGGAAUUGAUGGCAACAAUGUGGCCAAGAGUAAUGUUCCUGAUAUUCGCGAAGCUUUCCGACAUGAAACCUUGCAAGCCGAACUAUCACUGAUCGAGAAAUACUCGGAGGGCUAUGCGCCAGAUGAGCCAAAUGCUUUGGCGCCAGGCCUUCUGCACAAUGUCAAUCAAGCUUCCACAAAGGGAACUCAUGCUACAUCAUGA